UUGUGUGUGGAACUCAGUGUUAAUUGAAUCACUUUAUUGGUGUGAGCUAAUAGCAUUUAAAAAUGAUUAAAUCUGUCCAUUUCAGUUUGAAAAUAUUUUGCCUGGAGAAAUUAAAAGUCAAUGAUUUUAUUAUCAGCCAGCAUUAGAGGAUUAUUUAUAUGUGUGUGUGUUUGUUUCUUUCAGAUAUAGAGACACAGUUUGGUAUGAAGGAGAUGAGUGCAAAUCUGAAAAUGAUCUCAUGGAAAGAUCUUUUUCAAUAUCAUGAAUACAGGGCUGUUCUUGCCAACCACAAAAGAAAUCACACUGGAGAAGAACAUUGUGAAUGGAAUACACGCAAAAAAGUUUUAAGAAAAACUUCCAGUACUGGUAAAGAUAAAAUUAUACAUCGUGAAGAGAAAACAUCUGAGUGUCAUGAAUGUAAUAAAGCUUUUCUUGUACUGUCUUCCCUUGCCAAGUACCAGAGAAUCCAUGCUGGAGAGAAACCUCAUGAAUGUAAGAAACAUGGAAAGACUUUUAGAGAGCAAUCUGCUCCUGUUGAACAUGAGAGAAUUCACACAGUAAAACAAUCUUACAUAUGUAAUCAAUGUGGAAAGGAUUUCCAAUGUUAUUCCAAAUUGGCUCAACAUCAGAGAAUCCACACUGAAGAGAAGCCUUUCGAAUGUAAUGAAUGUGGAAAGACUUUCGUGUGCAGUUACAGUCUUCAUGAACAUCAGAGAAUCCACACUGGAGAAAAGCCUUAUGAAUGUAAUGACUGUGGAAAGACUUUCAUAUAUCGCUCCAGUCUUGCUGAUCAUCAGAGAAUCCACACUGGAGAGAAGCUUUAUGAAUGUGAUGAAUGUGGAAAGACUUUCAUAUAUCGCUCUCAUCUUGCUGUCCAUCAGAGAAUCCACACUGGAGAGAAGCCUUAUGAAUGUAAUGAAUGUGGAAAAACUUUUGUAUGCAGUUACAGUCUUCAUGAACACCAGAGAAUCCACACUGGAGAGAAACCUUAUGAAUGUAAUGAAUGUGGAAAGACUUUCAUAUAUCGCUCCAGUCUUGCUGAUCAUCAGAGAAUCCACACUGGAGAGAAACUUUAUGAAUGUAAUGAAUGUGGAAAGACCUUCAUAUAUCGCUCCCAUCUUGCUGACCAUCAGAGAUUCCACACUGGAGAGAAGCCUUAUAAAUGUAAUGAAUGUGGAAAGGCUUUCGUACGCAGUUACAGUCUUCAUGAACAUCAGAGAAUCCACACUGGAGAGAAACCUUAUGAAUGUAAUGAAUGUGGAAAAACUUUCAAAUAUAAAAAUAGUCUUGUAAGCCAUCGUAGAAUCCACACUGGAGAGAAUCCUUAUGAAUGUAAUGAAUGUGGAAAGACUUUCAAAUAUACAAACAGUCUCGCAAAACAUCAGAGAAUUCACACAGGAGAGAAGCCUUAUAAAUGUAAUGAAUGUGGAAAGGCUUUCACACAGUGUUCCAGUCUUGCUGUCCAUUGGAGAAUCCACACUGGAGAGAAGCCUUAUGAAUGUAACAAAUGUGGAAAGACUUUCACAUCUCACUCCAGUCUUGCUGUCCAUCAGAGAAUUCACACUGGAGAGAAGCCUUAUGAAUGUAAUGAAUGUGGAAAGGCUUUCACAAAGCGCUCCUAUCUUGAUGCACAUCAGAGAAUGCACAAUGGAGAAAAGCCUUAUGAAUGUAAUCAGUGUGGAAAGGCUUUCACAAAUUGCUCCAGUCUUGCUGUCCAUCAGAGAAUCCACACUGGAGAGAAACCUUAUGAAUGUAAUCAAUGUGGAAAAGCUUUCACAAAGCGCUCCUAUCUUGAUGCACAUCGGAGAAUGCACAAUGGAGAGAAGCCUUAUGAAUGCAACAAAUGUGGAAAGAUUUUCACAUCUCACUCCAGUCUUGCUGUCCAUCAGAAAAUCCACACUGGAGAGAAAUCUUAUAAAUGUAAAGAAUGUGGAAAGGCUUUCAUAGAUGGCUCUAAUCUUGCUAAACAUCAGAGAAUCCAUACUGGAGAGAAGCCUUAUGAAUGUAAUGAAUGUGGAAAGGCUUUCACAAAGCGCUCCUAUUUUAAUGCACAUCAGAGAGUACACAAUGGAGAGAAGCCUUAUGAAUGUAGUCACUGUGGAAAGACCUUCACAGGGCGCCACAGUCUUGGUAAACAUGAGAAAAUCCACAUUGGACAGAAACCUUCAGAGAAAGCUCAAAUCUUGCUUAGCAACAGAGAGAGCACAUUAGAGGAAAACUUUUCAGUAUCUGGAUCAUGAUAAAGAUUUUAAAAUAUAUUAGUCUCUGAGUAGACAUGGGAGAUCCUAUAGUAGAUGUAAAACCUCAUUGAUAUUAUCCAUGUGGAAAAACAUUCAGGCUCACUUCUUCCCUGAAUUGCCUCUAGAAAAUUCCUAGAAGAUGGAAAUCAUGAAUAAUGACAUAAAAAUGGACACAGAGCUUCUCAUUCAUCAGGGAUUUUCUGCUUGGGAACAAAUCUCCUAUGGACUUGGCACGGGAAGGUCUUUAGUUCAGGUUUACAUCUGAGGAUAAGGAAUGUAGAGAAGACUUAAAAAUGUGCUGAAGGAAGACAUGUCCUUACCUGGAAGAUAAAAGUCAAUAUAAACCGUAAUAUUCACACUGGAAAGAAACAUUAUAUAAAAUGUAUUUCCAGAAAGGCUUUCACCUGGAUCUCAUCUUUUGUGUAGAAAUCUUGCUGCAGAUGAAACAUAAUGAAUGAGGGAAAACCUCUUCCUACAGCACAGAUCCCAUUAGAUAUUGGAGUUUUAUACUGUGUAUAAACUCUGAAAAUAGAUUGAGUUUUUCUCUGAAAUCCCAAGACUUGUGUCUAGAGAAGAGUCUGUCUAAUGGGUGAAAACAAUUGGUUUAAUCUUCUUUCUCAAUCAGUAAUGAUUAAGAGAUUUUAUCUGAUUUUAAAUUGUUUUUAUUACUUAAUUUUCCUCUUCAUUCUCUUGUUUAUUCCCAAAUUCUUUGUCUUUCCAUCUGUGUGAUGUCAUGUAUUCCAUGUUCUAAUUUUCUUUUAAAAUAUCUGUAAAUGUGGCCUAAGUCUCCAUUUUGACCUUAUCUUGUUACCUUGUGUUGGAUGGGUUUGAGGGGAAGUGAGGCCUCUUCAGAAAUCUGACCCCCACAGGAGUGCCAUAGUUUAGGACCACAGGGGUAAGACAUAUAAGUCCAAUGCAAUCUUUUUUCCAUCCUCUAGGCAAAUAUGAUAGACAUCAUUGCCAGGAGACAGGUCAAUAUCCUAUCCUCCUUCUCCAUUGGGGUCUUGCUUUCAUCUUCCUGUUGUUCCUUCUUUUGGAGGGUUUCUGCAUUUUCUGGAAGAGCGCAAGCACAGUCUCAACCCUACAUUAGUAAUUUGGCUGGACCAGACCAAUGACCCAUUACUGAAUGUUUCCACAUGACCUUGAAGUCUAGCUGUUUGUCUGACAACCUAUUCCUUUGUUCUGCAAGUGUUUUUGAGUAGGAGUAGGUCCUUGCUUAUUUAAAGUUAGAAAAAAAAUUCUGAUAUGUAUUACCUGAUCCAAACUUCUUAUGCUAUUUCCUAUUCCUCCUUUUGUCUGUUGAUAAGGAGGAUUUUAGUAUCUUCAUUGUCUCUUUUAACAAUAUUCUAUCAUGAAGAUAUCCAAAACAUGGAUCAGGAGUGACAUCCAUUGGCCCUGUGUCCAAUGGAUGAAGGCCUCUCAGAUAGUGGACUAUUAAUUUGAUUUAGUAGACAUUAAUACUUUAAUUCAAAUUUCCAAAAAUAUUAGUUAUAAUCCCAAGAAAUAAGUAUUGCACAGCUAAUAGUAAGAGUUCCAUCCCUGGUGGCACCUAGGGGACAGUGGAUAGAACAACAGCCCUGAAGUCAGGAGGACUUGAAUUUAAAUCUGGUCUCAGACACUUAACACUUUCUAGGUAUGUGACCCUGGGCAAGUCACUUAACCCCAAUCACCUCAGGGAAAAAAAAAGAUUCAUCCCUGAAUGUUCAUAGCUUAUGUUGAUAUCUGAAGAGAUGGCUUUAUGUUCAACAUUACACAAAUAAUUUAGUUUUAAGAUACUUAAUAAACCAUAACCAAAGACUUAAAGUUUAGAAAUAAAUAGUAAAAACAAUUCCAAAUUGUAUAUUGCCUGGGAAAAAUGAUGUUCAGUUAGUAGACAUGUUCAAAGAGACAAAGGCAUAGAUUAUUCUCAGAAUCACUUUAAACUGAUAACAGAGGUAACUAGAAGGUGCAGUGGAUAGAGUACCAGUCCUGAAGUCAGGAGGACCCGAGUUAUAAUCUGGCCUCAGAUACUUAACACCUCCCAGCUGUGUGACCCUGCGCGAGUCACUUAACCACAAUUCCCUUUGCAAAAAAAAAAAAAGCCAACAAUGGGAAAAUGCACACUGUACUUCUGAAAGAAUAUUGAGGGUUUGAGUAACAUGGUUAGUUGGGAGGAUUAUUACUAAGAUUUCAGCUUUCUGUGAUGGUGUAGUCAGUUUGUAUGGCAUUACAUUUCUUAUUUAAAUAGUAUCCUGAUUGCCCUGAAAUAAAGCCAUCUGUAAAUGCAUUAAGUAUAGAAUCAAUAGGAUAGUUCUUUAUUAUCUUUGGGAAUAUUUUUUCAUUGAUUUUUUUUUUCACAAAAGGUGAGUACUUUUGUAGAGGGUUUAUGAUUAUCUUACCACUGUAAGUAAAAAUUACAUCUUGUAGUCACUCCAUUCUGAAAUAUUCAAGACUUUAUUUUAGAUUUUGUAUGUAGUUGAUGUCUGAUUAAUGAGGAGAGCUGAGUUGGAGUUAUUUAAUGUAUUCAUUAGAUAUACUACCAUUGUGGAAUAUGGCAUAAGAGUGACAGGAGAGUUUUAAUGAUCUCCUUACAAAGUAGAGAAUAAAUGGGAAAGUUGAUGUAUGGGGAUCUGUAGCAUGAGUCAAAGUCAAUAUCACUAAUAAUUUUUGAAAAUCGUGAAGAUUUUGUAAUGAAUCUCUUCUUGUCUCAAGUUCAUGGGGUUAGAUAAUUUGAAAAUCCAUGAGAUAGCCAAGAUGUAAAAAAGAGGAUUGUCUCUAAAUUUUUUCAGGCGUCAUUACCAAACCUCAUGAAUAUAGGCUUGUUCUAAAUCAUGUAUUAAGAAAUUGAGAUUGUUUACAUCUUUACUACUGUAUAAAAUAUGAUCCUUAUAGUGAAUUAUCUUGGAAGUUGGAUAUUUCAGUCUGGACUAAUGAAAUAGCAUAUUGACUAUAGUGCUAAUUAAUUAAAACAAUGUAGAAGAAGGGGUUUCAUAGGGGACUUUAGGAAAAUCUGUGUGAGUCUGAAGGGCAAUCAGUGUAAAAUGGAGGCAGGAGAUGGAGUGUCCUGGUCAAAGAACCAAAAAGAGUCUUGUCACAGUGGUUGCUACACACGUGGAGGGGAAGUAAGGUGAAAGAAGACUGAGGAGGUGGAAGAGGGACAAAUGAUGAAGGGCUUUAAAAAUCAAGUAGAGUAUUCUGUUUGAUCCUGGUGAUAAGGAAAGUUUAUUGAAUUGUCAGUGACAGGAAGAGAAGUCAUUUUAGAAAGAUGAAUUUGACAGUAGAUUGGAGGACUGAGUCAAUGGGGAUGUGACUUAAAAUGGGGAGGUCAUCCAGAACUCUGUUUUACCUUGUAUAUGAGGUGAUUGGGGAUAAAGUUGAGAAAUAAGUGGGUGCAUGUGAGAUAGUAAAAGGCAGAAUCAAUAGGAUUGAACUGGGAGUGGGGUGGGGUAUGGAUAUGUGAGAGGUGAUGAAGUGUGCAUGGUAUCUAGGUUAUGAGAUUGGACAAUUGGGAGGGUAUCCUGGCUAAUAGUAGGAAAGUAAAACUAAAAAUUUUUUUUGUGGGGGAGAAAUAGUGAAUUUUGUUUUGGAUUCCAUUUUAAGAGAAAAACCAGGAGAAAAUAUUGUCAGAAAAGCUAGGAAGAACAGCCGGUCAAGGAAAAGGGGAUAAUUGGCAAUAGAGAAGGAGCCAAUAGACAAGGAAAGAAUGAAAAUUGAAGAAAACCAUGGAGAAGAAGGAAUAUAUAUGGUGGGGAAGAGGAGACAGACUGGGAUCAUUUAUACAUAUAAUAGGAUAUGCCUGUUAUUCAAGAAGAGCCACUUCUUAAUAAAAGACCAAUUGCACUGUAAGGGAAAAAAAAGGCAUUUGAUUGAUGUGAGAUGAGGAAGAAAUAAGAAUUCUUGGGAAUGGUCCAAUUUCUUUUAGUAAAAUAUGAAGCCAUGUGCUCAGCUGAAUGAGUGGUUAGAAGCAAACCAAGAGCUUUAGAAGGAAUGAAAAGAUGUGGAAAAGCUUCUGUGGUGAGUGGAAAAGGGAGUCAAAAGAUUGCCUUGCCACAGUAAAAGCCCACUUGAUAUUAUGUCACCUAAAUUUGUAGUGGACCCAAAAAGCCCAGUUUCAUGAUUUUCUCUGUCAAUAUUCAGCAUCAUGUGGGUAAGAUAGGGACCACUUUUUUCUUCUCUUAUUGUCAAAGCCAAGUAUUUCUAAUACAAUAUGGAAUAGUAAUGGUAAUGGCAACCUUAUUUCACCCUGAUCUUAUUGGGAAUGGUUCCACUUUAUCCUCUAUUACAUAUAAUGCUUGCUGAUAGUUUUAAAUAGAUGUUACUGUUUUAAGGAAAAGUCCAUUUAUUCCUACACUCUGUAGUAUUUUUAAAAGGAAUAGAUGUUGGAUUUUAUCAAAUAUUUUUCUGCAUCUAUUGAGAUGAUCAAAUGUUUUUUGUUAAUUUGGUUAUUGAUAUAGUCAAUUAUGCUAAUAGUUUUCCUAAUAAUGAACCAGCCCUGCAUUCCUGUUAUAUAAAUCCUACUUGAUCGUGGUGUAUUAUUGUGGGGAUGAUUUUCUAUAAUCUCUUUGUUAAUAUUUUAAGAUUUUUGCAUCAGUAUUCAUUAGGGAGAUUGGUCUAUAAUUUUCUUUCUCUGUUUUUGUCUUACUUGGUUUAGAUAUCAGUAUCAUGUCUGUGUCAAAAAAGGUAUUAAGUAGGAGUCUUUUCCCUACUUUUACAAAUAAUUUAUAUUUACUAGUUAUGUACUAUGUAAUAAUUUUCUUAGAGUUAAUUGUAAUUUAAAUGUUUUGUAGAAUUCACAUGUAAAUCCAACUGGACCUGGGGAUUUUUUCUUAGGGAGUUAAAUAAUAACUUGUUCUAUUUCCUUUUGUAAAA